AUGGCUUUAGGGCACAGGAUGCAGACUCUGGCCUGGGUGGGCAUCGCCAGCCUGUGUUUGGGAGCAACCUGGGCUGUCCCAGCCAAGAAGGAAAGGAAGAAGGUGGAGAAGCCAAAACCUGACCUUGUGCUUUAUGAAAACCUGGAUCUGGAGAACUAUGACAUGACUCUGGACAGCUAUGGGGACAUCAUGGACCUGAACAACUAUGAGGAGCUCUAUGACUAUGGUGACCUGGCUCCCAAGAUCGAGGUUGGGACUUUGGCUCCUCGCCCCAAGGACCGCGGGACUCUGCCAGAGCUGGGCACAGCAGCUCCAACACCAAAGUUGCAGCCUCUGGCCACCACCAAUCCCACCCGCCCAGCACCACCAGGACCCAACACUGCGCAGGGCCUCCCCAGCUGCUUGCGCUGCCUCUGCAUCAGAACCUCCGUGUACUGCGAUGACACCGACCUGGAGCACAUCCCACCUCUGCCGCCCGACACCACCUACCUGUACGCCCGCUUCAACCGCAUCGGUGCCAUCCGGGCUGGCGAUUUCAUGGGGCUGAAGAAACUGAAGCGAAUAGACCUGACGAGCAAUUCCAUCUCCUGGGCAGACGUGGAUGCUUUCCGUCUCCUCCCCAGCCUGCAGGAGCUCAUCCUGCCUGAGAACAGGCUGACAGCUCUUCCCGAGCUGCCCCGCAGCAUUGUCAGGCUGGAUGCCCGCCUCAACAGGAUCCCCAGUGCUGGUCUCCGGCCCGAAGCUUUCCAGGACCUCACGCAGCUGCAGUUUCUCCAUCUGUCUGACAACCAGCUGGACUACAUCCCUGCACCCCUGCCAGAGAGCCUACGCUCCCUGCACCUCCAGAACAACAACAUCCAGACCAUGCAUGAGGACACAUUUUGCAACAGCCAAGACCAGAGCCACAUCCGCAGGGCGCUGGAGGACAUCCGCCUUGAUGGCAACCCCAUCAACCUCAGCCUCUUCCCCAAUGCCUACUUCUGCCUGCCCCGCCUGCCCACGGGGCGCUUCCUCUGA